GGGCUUCAGAUGAGAAACGGUCAACAUCUUGUGCAAGGACCAAUACUGACUGACUGACCGCUUAUCGUUCUGCAGCCAUGUCUAGAUCCUUUUAUGUCGACUCUUUGAUUAUCAAGGACACGGUGCGACCCGCGCCUCUUAACGAGCAUCCCGGACAAGACUUCUUCAUCCCCAUCAGCAUGCACUCGCCCACCAUGAUGACGGUCAACGCGCCGGUGUGCCCGUCCAGGAAGACCGGGACUUUCUGCGUCUGCCCAGUUUGCGUCACGUCCCACCUCCACUCUCCCCGCAGCGGCAUUUCGAUGCUGAAGAGUCAGUUCCCGGGAGCGGAGCCCCAAUAUUGUCAGAGGAUAUCACACCACCAACAGUCUCCGGCGCUGGGACACGCACCUGUCUGCACGCCUACGUACAGCGUCACUGACCCCAGGAGGUACCACUGUCUCUCCAUAGGUAAGAAUAUGUUAUGCUCUCUGACCACCGGUAUCUGCAAUUCAACGCAAUAUAACAACCUGUCAAUUCAACCUUUGAAAUUAGAGCAACAUAUCUUAAUUGCACCACAUAUAUUAUGCGUAAUUGGAUAGACUAAUACAAAAUAACAAACAUCGUGUUUGUUAUUUCGUAUUAGUCUAUCUAAUUACGCACAAUUACACACAAUACAACCAAUGCCAUUUCUUGCAUAAAGUAUGUAGUGCAGUGUUAGAAAUGUGAAUAGAACUAUGAUGUUUGGCUAAAUCGUUGUCCUGUCCCCAUCAGGCGCCUCUGAGAGCAAUCACAUCCAGAAUGGCAAAAGGAUGCGUACGGCUUUCACCAGCACGCAACUAUUGGAACUCGAGAGAGAGUUCUCCUCCAACAUGUAUCUUUCCCGGCUCAGAAGAAUCGAAAUCGCGACGUAUCUGAACCUCUCGGAGAAGCAGGUGAAAAUCUGGUUCCAGAACCGGAGGGUGAAACACAAGAAGGAGGGCAAGGGCACACAGAGGAGCGCGCACAGCGGUUGCAAGUGCGCAAGUGGUCACACGGACUACCCGAGGUCUGAGGACGAGGAAUCUUUAUCCCCUGCAUCAGCGUCAGAGGAGAAAGAGAUCUCCCCAAUCUGA